AUGGAGACAUUUGCUGGAUGUACAGAAAUAAAGAAAAGGGAUAUCACAUUUGAUGGUCGUCCUUCUGAACAAGAAAUUAUGUAUAAGAUUGCAUCGACGCAAGAAUCACUGAAACCAACGCUUGUCAAUAAGGCACCAGACGACUUUGUGAUAGAAGCAGUUGACGCUCAUAACGCGUUACGUCAAAGACAUGGACUUCCGCCACUGAAAGUGUCACAUGAUUUAUGUAGUAUUUCACAGAAAUGGGCAGAUUAUUUGAUAGAUACCAACGAAAGUGGACCUAGCUUAAAUGGAUUAGGAGAAAACAUAGCUGAGAAGAAGGGGAAUUCUGAAAACUUAGAUUAUACAGGAAAGGCAGCAACUCAAUCCUGGUACCGUGAAUUUCUGAAUUACCAUUGUUUUAGAAAGGAACCACCAUCGUCUGAGGAAAGGGGAGACAUGCAGUAUGGACAUUUCACUCAAGUGAUAUGGAAAAAUACAAAGGAAAUGGGUAUUGGAAAAGCCAAGAGGAAUGGCAGAGUCGUUGUUGUGGCCAACUAUAGACCAUCGGGAAAUUGCAUUGGUUCCUAUGCAAAAAAUGUCUUUCCAGCAAGACGCUGAUGGCACUUUUGCAGGAAAUGUUUCAGAUUUUUAAUUUCAUUUCAAUAACUAUGUAUCUAUUCUUCAAGUAUUAAUGCUAAUGUAAUCGAAAGGUCUGCUACCUGGAAUUUAUAAUUAAACACAUGCUAUCUUUUUUAUAUUUGAUUGACCAUAUAUAUAGUCUUUCAAUUGAAAUUUCACUUAUGGUGGAUAUUGUUAUGAUUAGGUUAUCAGAAUUUUAAAAAUAUGUCGUCAUCGACCACCUCUGAAGAGAUAUGUAUUGUCUGAAUGCGGAUCUGGUGGAGUAAAAAUAAACAGCAUUUAUGUUUUAAGAAUUAUGUAUUUAUUGAUUUACUAUAAUUUCAUAAAAAUAUAUUAAA